CCGGCCGCUGCCGGCGUGUAGGCAAAUGGAGAUGGGGGAGCCGUCGUUGUUCGAGCUGGAAAUCUACUCGUUCGCCGGGAGCGGGGGGGAAACCUCGUCGGCGGCGAGGGACGACGAGGACGAGCUGAUUCUGGAAGCAAUCGCCAGGCUUCCGUCGGAGAAGCGGGACAGGUACGCGGUGCUGAGGAGGACGCCUUCGGAAGCGCAAUUGGGGAACGGGCAGCUGACCGAGACCAUCGAUUUGCAUAAAUUGAAAAAGACGGACAGAGAGCUGCUGGUGAAGAAGGCUCUGGCGACCAAUUCGCAGGACAAUUUCAAGCUGCUUUCGGCGAUCAAGAGCCGGCUGGAUCGGGUCGGGAUCGAGGUGACGACGGUGGAGGUGAGAUUCGAGGAGCUGAAUGUGGUGGCUAGUGUGCAGGUUGGAUCCAGAGCUUUGCCUACGCUCGUCAAUGCCGCCCGUGACGCCGUUGAGGGUUUAUUGACAAAUUUGCGGAUCUACAAACCGAAGAAGCAUUCGUUAACGAUUUUGAGCGGCGUCAGUGGGAUUUUGAAGCCGGGAAGAAUGGCAUUGCUCCUUGGACCUCCUGGUUCGGGGAAAUCAACUUUACUCAAAGCUCUUGCAGGGAAACUUGACAAAAACCUCAAGGUAACUGGUAGUGUCCUGUACAAUGGACAGAACUUUGAUAAAUUUUAUGUACGAAGAACUUCUGCAUAUAUCAGUCAAAUCGACAACCAUAUCGCUGAGCUCACUGUACGAGAAACUUUGGAUUUUGCUGGCCGUUGGCAGGGGCAAAGUGAAGACUUGGCAGAUAUGAUGAAAGAUUUGAUUCGACUGGAAAAGGAAAGGAAUAUACAUCCAAGUCCAGAAAUUGAUGCAUUUAUGAAGGCAGCAUCCGUUCAUGGCAAAAAGCAUAAUGUUGCAACGGACUAUAUCCUAAGAGUUCUUGGAAUUGAUGUAUGUGCGGAUACAUUAGUUGGCAAUGACAUGCUCAGGGGCAUUUCAGGCGGUCAAAAGAAAAGGGUUACCACAGGGGAAAUGAUAGUUGGCCCAAGGAAAACUCUUUUCAUGGAUGAAGUAUCUACAGGACUUGAUAGCUCUACCACCUAUCAAGUCAUAAAAUGCUUAAGGAACUUUGUUCAUUUGAGAGAAGGAACAGUGUUGGUUGCUCUUCUACAGCCCCCGCCAGAGACUUUUGAUUUGUUUGAUGACUUGAUAUUACUAUCUGAGGGACAUGUGGUGUAUCAAGGUCCUCGGGCACAAGUGUUGGAGUUCUUUGAGUCUCUAGGAUUCAAACUGCCCCCUCGAAAGGGUGUUGCUGAUUUCCUUCAGGAGGUGACCUCUAAAAAGGACCAAGGUCAGUACUGGGCGGAUCCUUCGAAACCAUAUGUUUUCAUUUCUGCCCUAGAGAUGGCACAAGCAUUUAAAAGUUCUGAGUGUGGAAGGUCUCUGGCCUCCUCUAUGUCUGUUCCAUAUGACAAAACCAAGUGCCAUCCUAAAGCUUUACCAAAAACGAAAUAUGCUGCAUCCAGAUGGGAACUAUUGAAGACGUGCUUUGCACGGGAAAUUUUGCUUCUUAGCCGGCAUCAAUUUCUAUAUGUAUUCAAGACUUGUCAGGUUGCUUUGAUUGGACUAGUCACUUGCACAAUAUUCACCAGAACGAAAUUGCAUCCAGAAAGUGAGAUACAAGGCAACCUCUAUCUAUCGUGCUUGUUCUUUGGACUUGUGUUCAUGUUAUUUAAUGGAGCUGCAGAAAUGUCUCUGUUGACUUUUCGACUUCCGGUCUUCUAUAAGCAACGAGAUAAUAUGUUUCACCCUGCAUGGGCAUGGUCUUUGGCUAGUUUCACUUUAAGUGUUCCAUACUCGUUCGUUCAAGCUGUGGUUUGGUCGGUUGCUGUCUACUACUCAGUUGGCUUUGCUCCAGGAAUUUGGAGGUUCUUCCGUUUUAUACUUCUGCUCUUUGCUGUCCACCAAAUGGCUCUAGGUAUCUUUCGUACAUUGGCUUCAAUUACCCGGGAUAUUGUCACAGCUUAUACUUUUGCAUCUGCUGCUCUGUUGAUUACUUUCCUAUCCGGUGGUUUUGUUAUUCCAAAAGCUAUGAUGAAGCCAUGGUGGGAGUGGGCGUUUUGGGUAUCACCGCUAACUUAUGCUCAACGUGCAAUUUCUGUCAAUGAAUUUACUGCUGAUAGGUGGAUGAAGAGAUCAGCUAUUGGAAAUGAUACUGUAGGUCACAACAUCCUCCACAACUAUAGCUUACCAACUGAUGAUGACUCGUACUGGAUUGGAGUUGGUGUUUUGUUUCUCUAUGCGUUGUUUUUUAAUAUCAUUGUGACACUUGCUCUAGCCUUUCUUCACCCUCUUGAAACGGCUCAAGCUAUUGCCCCGAUUGAUGCUGCAGAAGAAAUCAACAGAAAUAGAGAUGAAGAUACUUCCUCUAUUUGGCAGUGAGUACGCAUGAGGAAUCAGGUGAAACAUCUGAGCGAGGAAAUAGAAGGAAAGGGAUGAUUCUUCCAUUUCAACCGUUAGUACUGACUUUCAAUGAUCUAAGCUACUUUGUCAAUAUGCCUAAGGAAAUGCGCCAACAAGGAGAACCAGAAAUGCGGUUGCAGCUCUUGACAAAUGUGAGCGGAGUAUUCUCACCUGGGAUUCUAACUGCAUUAGUUGGUUCCAGUGGAGCUGGAAAAACUACGCUGAUGGAUGUUCUUGCCGGAAGGAAAACUGGAGGGUAUAUAAACGGGGAUAUAAAGAUAUCAGGACAUCCUAAAGUGCAGAGCACAUUUGCUAGGAUUUCCGGGUAUGUUGAACAAAAUGAUAUACAUUCUCCUCAAGUCACAGUUGAGGAGUCUUUAUGGUUUUCUUCAAGUCUACGGCUCCCUAAUGAAGUCACCAAAGAACAAAGACAUGAAUUUGUUGAAGAAGUAAUGAGACUAGUAGAGCUUGAUACAUUAAGACAAGCUUUGGUUGGUAUGCCUGGCAUUUCUGGUUUGUCAACCGAACAAAGGAAAAGGUUAACCAUUGCUGUGGAGCUUGUAGCGAAUCCUUCCAUUAUAUUUAUGGAUGAACCUACAUCUGGGCUAGAUGCGAGAGCUGCAGCCAUAGUCAUGAGAACUGUUCGCAAUACCGUUGAUACUGGAAGAACUGUGGUUUGCACCAUUCACCAACCGAGUAUCGACAUUUUUGAAGCAUUUGACGAGCUACUUCUCAUGAAACGAGGAGGUCGGGUUAUAUAUGGUGGAAAGCUUGGCCUCCACUCUCAGAUUAUGAUAGACUACUUUCAGGGGAUCAGUGGGGUCCCUCCAAUUCCGGAAGGUUAUAAUCCUGCUACUUGGAUGCUCGAGGUCACUAGUACCAGUGUUGAAGAGACAAUAAAAGCAGACUUCGCUGAGUUAUAUAGAACAUCUCAACAGUAUAGGGAGGUGGAAGCUUCAAUCAUGAGUUGGAGUGCCCCUCCUCCUGGUUCUGAACCAUUGAACUUUUCCUCCACGCAUGCACAAGAUUCAUGGUCACAGUUUCGGAUUUGCCUAAAGAAACAGAUGCUUGUAUAUUGGAGAAGUCCACGAUACAAUGCAGUAAGGUUGUUCUACACUAUGAUAGCCGCACUGAUAUUAGGCACUGAAUUUUGGGGCAUUGGAUCUAUAAGGGGCACAACUCAGGCCUUGUCGACUGUUAUGGGAGCUUUGUACAUUUCCUGUAUAUUCCUUGGGGUGAGCAAUGCUACUACGGUGCAGCCAAUAGUGUCCAUUGAGAGAACGGUGUUCUACCGAGAGAAAGCAGCUGGUAUGUACUCCCCUUUGGCCUACGCAGCAGCACAGGGAAUUGUGGAGAUCCCCUACAUUUUGGCUCAGACAAUUGUGUAUUGUAUCAUAACAUACUUCACGAUUAGUUUCGAGCAAGACGCUGCAAAAUUCUUUCUCUACCUGGUGUUUGUGUUCCUUACGUUCACCUACUUCACGUUCUACGGUAUGAUGGCUGUUGGGAUUACCCCUACUCAGAACUUAGCCUCUGUGAUCUCCUCUGCAGUUUACUCCCUGUGGUAUCUUUUCUCUGGGUUCCUUAUUCCAAAGCAGUUCAUUCCAGUGUGGUGGAGAUGGUACUACUACAUCUGCCCUACAGCAUGGACACUGCAGGGGAUUAUCUCGUCCCAGCUUGGUGAUGUGGAAACCAUGGUUCAGGGUCCAGGAUUUCGAGUACCCGUGAAGGAGUACUUAAAAGCAAACUACGGCUACUCGACAAACAUGGUCGGACUUUCAGCUGUGGUCCUCGUCUGUUUCUGUCUCCUCUUCUUCUCUGUUUUCGCCAUCUCUGUGAAAGUCAUAAAUUUCCAGAGAAGAUGAGAACCCAAGGAUGAACCCAGCAAGUUCCUCUAGUGCCCCCACCUUAUCAAACGCUCUCCAUUUCGAUUUAGUUGUGAUUGUUUGGAUAGAGAGGAGUGAUCUCGUAGGAUGAUGAUAUGUUGCGGCCUGAAUGCAUACUGUUGUUAGUAGUAGUUUCAGGGCUGUGCUCUAGUUUCACUUGCUGAUUGGAACUUGCUGCCCAGCAGAGAUAGUUUAUGUACAGAUUGUGUCCAUUGUGGCUUAUUCAUUUUGUCAACAUAAAUGGGGGAGAAAUGGUGUGAAUAGAACCCUAUUAAAGGGAAAAAGAUGCUCCUGUCCUGUCCAGUGGAGUAGAAUUUUGUC